AUGCUGGGCGCGUCGUCACUAGACCCGUCGUCGUCAGCGUCUCCGUGGCACUCCGCAUCUGCUGCUGCUACUGUCGGACAUCCAUCUUCUAGCUCACGCCCGCCCAAACCCUCACACUCACCUCCAAAGACGGAAGCGGACCCUACGGCUUCGUUUUCACAUGACGUCAAGGAGGAGUAUUCUCAUAUAGAACCCGUGGCGUCUACAAGUAGCGGGAAAAGUGCCAUUUCCGAAGAGGGCGGAUCGUGUGACGCAGAUGCAAGUCGGGAGCAAGGCAUGACCUCAUCGUCAAUAUCGUCGGUUCAUUGUCGUCGACUCACUUUUCGAUUACCUCCUAAAUUCGCACAACGUUUAAAACGCAUCGCCAACAAGCAACCAAACACUUUGGGACGAUUAGGUGUUUCGAAGGUUAAAGUUGGAGAUGACGAAACAGUUUCUGUUAACGACAUCCCUCCUAUACAACCUUUGAAAAUGGAGGAAAGGCGACCCGAGCAACCUGUUGAGAGGGUAGAAUCUCGGCAAUCUGCUCCUCCUCCUCCUCAACCUCCAAAUCCACCACCAGGCAGUACAGGACCGGUAUGUCAGCCUCCGCCUGGCUAUCAUACCAUCCAACAUCAGCAACAACAAGAUGUAGGGCCCGGGGUACCUCCACAUCCGAUGCACAGAUCCGCUCCUAUCAAUAACAACAGUCCAUUGUUGGUUAAUUUGUUAAGUUCUCAACAACCACCAGGAAUGGUAGUUGGUGGACCACCGGGUGCGAACGUCCCACCUCAUCAUCAGUCGUACUCUCCAGCGGCGUCGUACAUGUACCCAGGAGGUGGCGCUCCUCAUCAACAUCCACAUUCUUCCGCUGUUCCACAGAAUGUUGCUCCCCCAGUUAUGGAUCCUCAGCAACACAUGGUCAUGCAACAACAGAUGCAAAUGGAACAACGACAGCGAAUGUUGAUGCAACAACAGCAAGCCCAUGCCGCUGCUGUAGUAGCUGCCCAGGCUCAACAACAUCAAGUGCCAGGUCAACCCCCUCAAGCCCCAUUAACACCAGGCGGCUUCUAUAGUCCCGCUGCAUCUGUACAACAAACGCAAACUCAACAGCGUCCCCCAAUGAGUUACGCCCCACCUCCACAGAAUCCUGCCAUGUUCGCUGGACAGCAGCAACAAUCGCAACAAGUACCUGCUAACGUUCAACAGCAGCGCAUGUCAAGUUAUCCAGCUCAAAUGAAGCCAGGAGCAGUUCCCGGACCUCCACCAGUCGCUCCUGGACAGUUCCGGGGGCCCCCUGUUGAAGAAACUGUGCAACCUCCUCCUCCGAAAAAGAAAAGGAAACCAACGAAGAAACAACAGCAAAAGGAGGCUGAACUCGCAGCUGCAGCAGCUGCUGCUGCCGCACAACAGCAACAAAAUGCUGCCGCAGCAGCUCAAGCACAACAACAACAACAACAACAGUUUUACAACGAUCGCAUGAUGCAUCCUGCUGCCAUGCCGCCGGGUGGAAUGCAGAUGAUGGGUCACUCAGCAUACCCUCAGGGUGCUGCUUACCCAGCCAAUCAGGGAGGUAUGCCUGCGGUACCUCCACAGUACCCGGGGUACCCUCAAGCAUCUAGUCAACAACAGCAGCAACAACAACAAAUGCAACAGCAACAACAAGCUAUGUGGCACCAACAGAUGCAGCAACGGAUGAUGUACCAACAACAACACGGGCAACCUCAAGGAGGUGCUCCCAGUCACCCUGGCCAGCCUUGGGCUGCUCAGCGGGGUCCUCCCGUACCUUAUCCUACCCCAAUGGAUGGUAUGCACGGUGGUCCUGGAUCGGUGCAUCCUGCAGUUUCUCAACGAACCUCUGGAUCAGGCGAGUAUUCUCGUGACGGAACAUCACCUGCUACACCUCAUCAGUUCAAUCCUGGUAGCCACCAAGGAAUGAUGAUGGCUCACGCUGGGACACCAAUGUCAAGAGCGGAUUCUCAAGGAAGCAUGUUUGCCCCUUCGUCAUAUCCACAACAACAACCAAAUGCACAACAGCAAGUUGAGGAAAGUGAACAUCCAGUGGAUAAGCUGUUCACGGGGCAAGACGACCAAUUGGCUGAUCUUGGUGAUCUUGAUGACAUUGAACCGAUGCUCGAUCUUGGUGGAGGAGUUCUGGAUGACCUAACGGGUAACGCAUCAACAGAUACCCUUGGAAACAUGAGUGCUCACAUUAGCGGUCCUCAGUCCGUAGACCCUUCGUCGACGAUCGCUCAGACGUCUAAUGGCGACCGAAUAGAUUCAUCAAUUGCGUCAGUAGUCGAAAUGGUGUCGAAGAGCGGUGCUGCGCCACCGAUAUGCGGAGCACCCGCAGUUUCGCAAACAGGAACACAUCCAACUGUUGCCAGUAAUGUAAAUGCCAUGAAACGCCGACCAAGCAACGCUCAGAUGGCGGCUACUAUUGUAGCCGUUGCAGGGCAACAACAACAGCUUCUUAGUGAUCAACGAUAUGCGAUCGGAGCACCUCAUCACAUGAUGAAUCCUGGACAGAUACCAAUGCAGAUGCAAAUGAUGCAGCCAAUGGCUAGUUCUCCAUCUGCAGGUAAUUUGUCAUUGGAACACAACGCUCGGGCGCAGUUGUUUCAUGGUAGAGCAGGGAUUGCAAAAACCGGUGAAAACGGUCCCGGAAGGCUUGUGAACGGUCACGAUCAGACGGGAGUUCCUAACGGCGCCCGACGCUCACAACCACAGCCAAAUGACGCUGCUGAAGAGGAACGAAUAGCAGAACUUGUUAAGAAGGUUGUGGCGCAAGGUGAGAGUCAAAAAGCAGCAGCCGCUGAACAAAAAGCAAAAUUACCUCGUAAAAAUCGGCGUAAAACUGAUCUAAGCAAGGAAGCAAGUCCACGUGACGAUGAGGAACCUUUCAUUGUCGAUGGUUCGCGGAGACGUGCACCUGGAGUAGCAACGAGUCAUGUGCAAGCUGCAGCGUCAAACUUUCAAGCAACCAUGGCACGUCAACAACAGAUGAUGAAACAACAGCAGGUUCAGCCGAAGCAAUGA